AUGCAAUGGCGGGUGCUGCCAUCAUUGCAGCCUGAACGGAUGAAGGAGCUGAGAGUGUUACUUCUGGGAGCCGGUACACUGGGAUGUGGCGUGGCAAGGGCCCUCAUGGGCUGGGGCUGCAGGCGGAUGACGUUCGUCGAUGGUGGCAAGGUUUCUUUCUCCAACCCGGUCCGGCAGAGCCUCUUCACGCACAGGGAUGCCGCAGAGGGUCGCAAGAAGGUGUGCUCGGGGUUGAGUGUCCUGUGGCUUGACCGAGAAAUGCACGUGUGGUCAUAG